AAAUUCCGCUCUGCUGGCCUGGAGAAACGCUCCAAAGUUUUUCUUUUUUUUAAAAAGCACAAACGUGCCUCUCCUCUCUGUGAGUAGCGUUGAACCGUUCAUUACUCCUCGGGACUGAUUGACGUGAGAAACUAGGGGGAGGAGGAUCGUUCUGGUCUUGGAGACGCGCUGCAGCCUGCACGCUGGUUCUCUACGGAGCAGAGGAAAAUUACUUAUUCUGACUGAGCUCUUUCAAGGCUUCCUCUUGGACUAUAAAUCUCACUAACCUGGACAAUUUGAGUCAACGCUGCAGUGUGUCGAUCUCCUCCCGUGUGAAAAGAUGACACGCAAAUGAUGUUUAACAUUUCUAUAGAUGGAGGUUCAUUCUCAAAAAACUUGGAGGACUUCGACUCUAUCCGCAGUGUUCUCCUGUACAGUGACCUUGAGCCAGAAUGGUUAGAUGAUAUCCAGAAGAACGGCGAGCUUUUCUACCUGGAGCUGAGUGAGGGCGAAGAGGAGGCCGCAUUAGCCCAAGCUGACGCCAGUCAAGGCGUGUCCACUAACCAUGUCCGCUUCAGCGACAAGGAAGCAGAGAUCAUCACAGAGCAAAACAAGAAGCAGCGAUGCAGCUCACACAAGAAAGGCGAGCCCGCGCUCAAGAAGCUAGCUCGAAUCCUGAGGAGAAAACGCCGACCGUCUCAGCGCAGAGGAGGAGGUAAAGACAACUCGUCUCCAACAUCCAUCCUGAAGAACCAGCCCGUUCAGAGGCAGGGUGUGACGGUUCAGCAGCAGCAGCUGAAAGAAGUGUGUGUCUACCUCAACCCUAAACGUCUCGGAGGUACAUGUGCACCUCUGUCUGACACAGGGGGGCUGCUGGAAGCUCUGCUGGGGGUGGUGCACCGCCCCUCCUGGAGCAGAGGAACAGGAGACCCCAGAGCCGGGAGACAGGAGGAGAGACUGGCUGUUCAUGGACUGAUACCAAACAGCCCGGCCAUUAAAUGUGGACAAAUCCUAAUUGGUGAUGUCCUCGUAGCUGUGGAUGAUGUGGACGUGACCUCUGAAAACAUCGAGAGGGUUCUUUCUUGCAUCCCAGGACCGACACAGGUGAGGCUGACUCUGGAGACGGUGGCCCUGGUAGACAGCAGCAGUCCUAGCAACACUCCAUCUGCUCGUAGGAUGAAGACCUCUCCACCAGUCAGCCAGCUGGUGCGUCUGCUAUGGGGUGAGGACACAGCAGAACUGCAGAUGUCUAUUGGACACAUCCCACAUAUCGUCAUGUACCUGUCUCUUAAACUGGACUCUGCAUCGCCACAGGAGGAGGAGGAGAUCUUGUACCAGUACCCAGUAUCUGAGGCGUCACACCAGCUGAAAGGAGUGCGGGGGAUCUUCCUCACUCUGUGCGACAUGCUGGAGAAUGUCACAGGAGGGCAGAUCAUCAGUUCCUCCCUUCUGCUCGGGAAACAGCUGGUGCAUGUCGGCUACUGGAAGGAGAGCAACAACCUGCUGGUUAUUGGACUUCCUGCUGAGAGGGUUCCUCUGCUGUGUCUGCAGACGGUGGUGGGGGACGUGGUCAGGACUCUAAAAGUGAUGUACGGCUCCUUGGACAGUGCGUUCAAUAAGGAGGACCAGGUUCCCAGGUUGGACCACUUCUUCUGCCUGUUCUUCCAGCAGCUCAUCCAGCCGUCUCGCCUGAGGGACGGCUCCUCGGCUCCACCCCCCGAUGUCUCAGGGACCCUUUUCCUCGAUGGGCUGCCGGCUGUCCGGUGGCUCACGCUGCCUCCAGAAAUCAAGAUGGAGGUGGAUACAGUCCUCUCUGACUUUGAGUCUUCUGAUUUUGGAGAAAUGUCUGAAGAUUAUUUUGGCCUGAGACGUCUGUAUGUGAUUCUUGGCUCCUGUUUGUUCUACAAGUCCUACCUGAUCGCCAACCACCUACCUAAAGAGGACCUGCUGGACGUGUCUCUGUACUGUCAGCACUACUGCCUGCUGCCUCUGGCGUCCGAGCAGCGGGUGGGUCAGCUGGUCAUCUGGAGGGAGGUGUUCCCACAGCAGAGAGCAAACAGCAGUGGUGGAAAGGCGGCGGGAUACAGCCCGCCUGAAGGACGACACUUCCUGCUCAUCGUGGGGCUGAGGCACUUCAUGCAGUGUGUACUGCUGGAGGCAGGGGGCUGUGCCUCACCUGCCCUGAGUUCUCCAGGACCGGACUGUGUUUACGUAGAUCAGGUGAAGGCGACCCUGCUGCAGCUGGAGGUGUUGGAGGCGGGCAUUGAGGAGCGUCUGAACGCCCCUCCCGCUCCCUGCCUGUCCUGCGCCGACUGGUUCCUCCCCGCCGUCACGGCCCGAGACCGCCUGGACAGCCUGGCUUCCUCCUCCCCUGUCUUCAGCAAGCUAGCCGGAACAGUCAGAGGUUCAUCCUCCUCGGGUACCAGAGGCCGCAGCCUGUUCGGAGAGAAGGCCCGGAGGUUCAGCCCGCAGAGGAGCCCGUCAGACAGCGGGAGCGAGGGUCAGAUGGAUGCUGGGUCGGGGUCUGGUUCGUCAGCGGCCCCUGGUCUUAGUCCUCAGUCCACUCCGGAUUCAGCACGGAAGCUCGGGGUUCGACGGGACUCACUGGGGUCUGGAGGGUCUGAUGGGAGUGGAGGAAGUGGAGGACUCUUUAAGGUUCCCAGGAUGAAGCACCCGAACCCGUUCCACCUGGGCACCCUGAAGAAAACCCUGACCGAGAGAGAGACGGAGGAGAUGUACAACACCAUGAAACUGACCUCAGGCUCAGAGAACACCUUGUUCCACUAUGUCCUGAUGGAGACGGUUCAGGGGAUCUUCAUCGCUCCCACUCACAGAGAGGUGGCUCAGCUCAGCGGCUCCAUUCACCCGCAGCUCAUCCGCAACUUCCACCACUGCUGCCUCUCCAUACGGGCAGCGUUUCAGCAGAGCCUGCCAGCAAGGGGUCGGCGUUCUGCAGAGCGGCCUCGAGGCGCUGGUUGGGGACUCGGUCCAGUGAAGGAACAUGGGGUCUUGUUUCAGUGUAAACCUGAGAACUGGACUGAUCAGAGGAAACCUGCUCCCACCAUGACUUACUGGGUCAUAGGGCGGAUGUUGCUCGAGCCCGUCCCUCAGGAGUUCUACGUGUGCUUCCAUGACUCAGUGGCGGAGGUUCCCGUAGAGAUGGCCUUCAGACUCUCUUACGGUCUGGCCUUGUGAUGGUGAUGCACCGCUCCCUCGCUCUUUCCAGCACAUCCAGAUGUUUUAUGGGGGACUUUUGAUGCCUCUGUUAUAUUCUCAGGAAAAACAGUUUCAACUCCAUGGAGCAGAUGUGGGAUAUGAAGCUUGAUGCCACAGUCUGUGUGUCUGUUACAUGCCUUUAUUUUUUCAGCAGCAGAGUGUGAUCAGCGUGUGACAGCGAGAGGCUGAGUGAGUUCAAACCAGGUCACUUUGAGCAAAGCUGCUCCAAAGAUCAGCAAAUACCUCAAACCUUUGUUAAAGAGAAGACUUAAAUGUUGCAGUCAAGUGUACUAAGCUGGAGCGAUACAAAUCAAGCUGCUGCUGCUCACACACAGUUUGUAUGCAGUCCUUUUUUCUUUAUUUAAGAUGUACAGUUUUGUAUGGAAAUGAAGUCUUUUGUUAAAAAUAAGUAUUGACAUUAAAGAAGAUUUUA